CUACCUCUACAUUUCAGUUUCACCAAACAGUAAACAGAGAGUACAAAAGCUAAAUAUAUAACUAUCAUCUGUGGCGCAACGAUCCAUUACUGGUGUAAAUGGUAGAAGGCUAGUAGCAGUAGUGGAGCAAAGUAAAUCACUGGGGUCCCCACCCACAAAGGUAGGAAGAAUCAACAAUAUAAGGGUGACAAUCCAACAGUCUUUUUCAGUUCAGGUAGAGCUCUCAUGAGACAUGGCUUCUUCUUGGAUUUAUGGUAUCUUUUUUCUUCUUCUUGCCAAGCAACAGUCUUUGUUCCUUCUAGCACUUGCUUCAAGCAAUGUUCACAUUGUGUAUAUGGGAGAGAGGCAGCAUGAAGAGCCUGAACUCGUUCAAGACUCGCACCAUGAGAUCCUAUCAAAUAUACUUGGAAGCAAGGAAGCAGCCAAGGAGUCGAUUUUGUACAGCUACAAGCAUGGCUUUUCGGGGUUUGCUGCAGCCUUAACUGAGUCUCAAGCCGAACUUAUUGCAGAUUUCCCAGGAGUUGUUCGUGUAGUUCCAAACCGAAUUCUUAGUCUGCAGACGACUAGAAGUUGGGAUUUCCUCCAAGUAAAGCCUCAAAUUGUACAGGGAAUUCUUUCAAGGGGUCAUUCCGGACUUGGGACUAUUAUUGGUGUCAUGGACACUGGAAUCUGGCCCGAGUCUGAAAGCUUCAAAGAUGAGGGAAUGGGAGAGAUUCCAUCUCGGUGGAAAGGCAUAUGUCAAGAAGGAGAGAAGUUCAAUAGCUCCCACUGUAAUAGAAAAAUUAUUGGCGCGCGUUGGUAUGUCAAAGGAUAUGAAGCUGAAUUCGGAAAGUUAAAUACAAGUGAUGGCGUUGAGUACUUAUCUCCCCGAGAUGCUGCAGGCCAUGGCACUCACACAUCAUCUACUGCAGCUGGUCUUCCCAUAGAAAAUGCGAAUUUUAUGGGAUUAGCUCAAGGAGUUGCGAGAGGGGGUGCUCCAUCAGCUUGGUUAGCUGUCUACAAAGUUUGCUGGGCUACUGGCGGCUGCAGCGCAGCUGACCUUCUUGCCGCGUUUGAUGACGCAAUAUUUGAUGGCGUGGAUUUGCUUUCAGUGUCCCUUGGCUCACCACCACCACUUGAUACUUAUGUGGAUGAUGUUUUGUCCAUUGGUUCCUUACACGCUGUAACUAAAGGAAUUUCUGUAGUAUGCUCUGCCGGGAAUUCUGGUCCUUAUCCUCAGACUGUCAUAAAUACAGCUCCAUGGCUUAUAACCGUUGCCGCAAGUACCAUAGAUAGAGCUUUCCCCACUUUGAUUACCUUGGGAAACAAUCAAACUCUUGUGGGUCAGGCUUUCUAUACACGGAAGGAUAUGAACAAAUUUCACCCUAUUGUGCAAGGAGAAGACAUAGCAGUUGUUGAUGCAGAUGAAGACAGUGCUAGGAGCUGUGAUUCAGGAACCUUAAAUGCCACUUUAGCAAGAGGAAAAGUAGUUCUUUGUUUCCAAUCUCGUUCACAGAGGUCAGCUACUGUUGCUGCAACAACUGUACUGGAUGCUCAGGGUAAUGGUAUCAUCUUUGCCCAAUUUCCCACAAAGGAUGUUACUUCAUCCUUUGAUAUCCCUUGUGUCCAAGUGGACUUUGCAAUCGGGACAUCUCUGCUCAUGUACAUGGAGAUGAACAGAAAUCCUGUGGUCAAGUUUAGCCCAACAAAAACCGAUGUGGGACGACAGAUUUCCCCAGAAGUUGCAUUCUUCUCCUCUCGAGGACCGAGUUCCUUAUCUCCAUCUGUAUUGAAGCCUGAUAUUACUGCUCCUGGUGUUAAUAUUUUGGCAUCCUGGUCCCCUGGUUCUUCCCUCUCUCAACCCAUUAACUUCAGCAUUGAUUCGGGAACUUCCAUGGCUUGUCCCCAUGUAUCUGGCAUUGUAGCUCUUCUUAAAGCUAUCCAUCCAACAUGGAGCCCUGCUGCAAUCAAGUCUGCACUGGUUACUACAGCUUCUUUGAAAGAUGAAUAUGGUCUAUGGACAGUGGCUGAGGGAGCUCCCCACAAGCAGGCUGACCCAUUUGACUUUGGAGGUGGUCAUGUUGAACCUAACAAAGCCAUGGCUCCUGGUCUCAUAUAUGACAUGGGGUUCUCAGAUUACAUCAACUUUAUUUGUUCCAUGGGCUACAACAAUUCUGCCAUUAGUUCGAUGAUUAGGUCACAUGCACGUUGCCGUAAGUCGGCCAAAUUCCUUGCAAAUCUUAAUCUGCCUUCUAUUACCAUUCCUGAGCUGAAGGAGAGCUUAACUGUGUCAAGAACCGUUACAAAUGUCGGUCCAGUUAAUUCUUUUUACACUGCUUUUGUUCAAGCCCCGGCUGGAACUAAAGUGAUAGUUGAGCCACCAAAUUUGUUGUUUAAUUCUACAAUAAGGAAGCUGAAAUUCAAGGUUACUUUCCAAUCCCAGCUAAGGGUUCAAGGAAGAUACUCAUUUGGUAAUCUGUUUUGGGAAGAUGGUGUCCAUGUAGUGAGAAUACCAUUGAUAGUUCGGACUGUCAUUGAUUACUUUUAUGCAGAAACAUAAUUCUGUUGCCACCAACA